AUGUCUUCCACGGGGUUCUCGAUCGACACAUCAUUCCUAUCAGACGGUAGCCUACAUGAAGCCUACGAGCUUGAAAUGCAAUCGAAAAACGGCGAGCUCGUCCGCUUCGGCGAGCUAGUCGCUGACAAGGGCGACUCAGUCACCACGGUGGUAAUUUUUGUGAGGCACUUCUUCUGCAUCUAUGACCAAGACUAUGUCCGCAAUCUCGCCACACAGAUGACGCAAAAGAUACUGGGCACGAUACCAGACCACGCUAAGCCAGCGCAGGUUAUCAUUAUCGGUUGCGGUGAUCAUACCCUCAUCGGACCGUACAUGGAAGAAACAUCCGAUGCCUUCGAGAUAUAUACCGAUCCGUCGACUAAAAUAUACAACCAGCUUCAGAUGAAGAGAACCUGGUCGGGAUUUAAUGAACCCCCGCCGUACUCGCUGGAAUCGUUCCCGAGUGCUUUAUUCAAGGAUUUGAAGCAGAGAUGGAAACGCGGAUGGUCGGCGCUCAAGGGUGGUCCUGGUGAUCAGCAGGGGGGCGAAUGGAUUUUUCAAAAUGGGAAGUUGAAAUAUGCUCAUCGCAUGCAGAGUGCGAGUGAUCAUUUGACGGCUGAUCGCCUACUUGGUAUUUUGACGGGGGAACAAGUAGAGAAAGAAAAUAAAUGA